AUGUUCAGGAGCAGGGGGCUGCUACAAGAUAGCAUCCACACCAGUGUGGAAGAGCAAGUGGCCAUGUUCCUCCAUGUUGUUGGUCAUAACCAGAGGUUCAAGGUUGUACACAACACCUUCAGGAGAUCAGUGGAGACCAUCUCCAGGUACUUCAAGCAAGUGUUGUAUGUUGUUGGGGAGCUAAGAGGAGAGAUGAUCAGGUCACUAACCGGCCGGACUCCUACCAAGAUUCGCACUAGCACAAGAUGGUAUCCAUACUUCAAGGAUUGCAUUGGAGCAAUAGAUGGUAAUCAUGUCACUGCCAGGGUGCCGAGGUCACAAGCUGCAGCACAUAGAAGGAGGAAGCACUACACAAGCCAGAAUGUGCUAGCUGCUGUUGACUUCGAUCUGAAGUUCAUAUAUGUGCUGGCUGGCUGGGAAGGAUCAACACAUGAUGCUAACAUUCUCAGUAACAACAUGAGCCAUCAUGGUGGCAUCAACAUCCCCGAUGGCAAGUUCUACCUUGGAAAUGCUGGCUAUGCAUGUCGGCCAGGUGUUUUUCCACCCUUCAGGAAAACCAGGUACCAUCUGAAUGAGUUUGCUGGUAGGAACUACCCUAGGACUCCUCAGGAACUGUUCAAUCUCACACACUCCAGCCUUAGAGUGACUGUUGAGAGGGCAUUUGGAGCUCUGAAGAACAUGUUUAAGAUCUUGGAUCAGAAGCCAUUCCACCCUUACCCUACCUAG